GCGCGUGUCGGCCCGCUCUUUCUCAAUUUUAAUCUUAGUGUAUGUAAGCAACUGCUGAAUUUUGUUUUGGGUUCCUACUGCAAAAUGAGUAACCGAGGCAGAAGUUGGUACAAAAAUAAAGGAAAGCGGAAAAGACCAUCUGAAAUUACGGAAACACCUUCACGGUCAAAAAAGGACAUGUCAAAUCCUACCGAUUCAAGCCAGACAUGCUCGCUGUUCAAUCCAAAUAGAAAUAACUCCCCAUAUCACAAUUGGGACUUGUACUUCCAUAACGAAGUGUACACAAAAGCCUCGUCGACACUAAGAAAAAUUAACGCAAUGGAAAGAUUUAUAAUGUCCCAUACGGAUAUGUUUCCAGUUUCAAACUUGGAAAAUAAUAAACCUUAUAAUAUUGACAUUAAGAUCCUGCUCAAGGAUGACUCGUUUAAUAAUGAGUGGAGUAAUUUCAAAGAGGAUCUGACAAAUGAUCCAAAACAUACGCUAAAUUGCCUCGGUAUAGCGAUUGAUCAGAUGAUGAUUGAAACAAUCAAAGACAAAGAGGGAAUAGAUGAUGUGACUGUCUCAGCUAACUUGCCAAUAGCCGUAGUAAGAAUAUCCAAUUAUGGUCCAGUCCUUUCCCUGAGAGACCUCAAGGUAAAUUCUUAUGGUAAGCUCAUAUCCAUCAGAGGAUGUAUUAUGAGAGUUGGGAAUGUAAAGCAUUUUGCCCAAUGGAUGGAGUUCUUGUGUGUAUCGUGCGGGAGUCGCAUUAUCUCGAGACAAGUUGAUGGAAUUUACACCUUACCAACCAAGUGCGUUUCCUGUAAUGGAAAAAAAUUCAAACCUCUCUUGAGUUCGUUACAUACAAAAACUGUAACAUUCCAAGUAAUAAGAUUACAGGAACAUGUUGGCGAUGAGCAGGAUGACAAAGGGAGAAUGCCCCGUGUUAUUGAUGUAGACCUGAUAGAAGAUUUGGUCAACACUUGUAUGCCAGGAGACGAUAUUACUGUGACUGGAAUCAUUAAAGUCAGAGGAAACGAGAAGAAUUCACCAAAAGGAAAUACUGUCUCAAACUUGUUUUCCUUAUACAUGGAAGCUGUUUACAUAUUAAAUAAUAAAUCGCAAAAUAAAUGUGCUGUUGCACUUGAUUUAACUGAUGUCGAUCAUCUCGCAGUAAAGGAAGUUUAUCAUGAUCCAAAUGUGUUCAAAUUACUUGUGCAAUCACUUUGUCCAAGUAUUUAUGGUCAUGAACUGAUAAAAGCUGGACUCAUUCUAAGUCUGUUCGGAGGCAGCACAAAAUCGCAGGAUGUGCGCGAUGAUGUUCAUGUUUUAAUUGUCGGUGACCCAGGCCUUGGAAAGUCACAAAUGUUGCAAGCAUGUGCUCGUGUUGCAGCCAAAGGUAUUUAUGUAUGUGGUACUUCUAGUACUUCGACGGGCUUAACUGUCACUCUUGUGAAAGAUACCAGUACCGGUGAUUUCGUUCUUGAACCAGGAGCACUUGUUCUGGCUGACAAAGGCAGCUGUUGCAUAGAUGAAUUUGACAAAAUGUCAACACAACAUCAAGCAUUGCUUGAAGCGAUGGAACAACAAAGUGUUAGUGUAGCUAAGUCAGGGAUGAUAUGUUGCCUUCCAGCUAGGACGUCAAUCUUGGCAGCUGCCAAUCCAGCCGGAGGGCGAUAUGACAGGUCCAAAACUGUAAUUGAAAAUUUGAACAUGAAGCAGCCUCUGCUUUCACGCUUCGAUCUCAUAUUUAUACUCUUAGACCAACCUGAUGCACAUCUGGAUGAUUUACUCUCUGACCACGUUAUGGCUGUACAUGUUGGUAUUAGUAAUCAAAUAGGAGAUAUGAGGUCUAACAGUACCAAUUCGUUAUCGACUAGACAAUCCUCCGUGACUGCGAAUAACUUAAGGCAAAAAUUGAGUUUACGUCCAACUGACACCAUCGACCCAAUACCACAUCGUAUUCUUCGAAACUAUAUUAUAUAUGCUCGACAAUAUGUUAAACCAAAAAUAACACCUGCUGCAGUAGAAGUGUUGAAGGAUUUUUAUUUAAAGUGUCGAGCGAGAAGCGAUAGGGAGAAAAUAACACCCAUGACACCAAGGCAAUUGGAAGCACUAAUCAGAUUGACUGAGGCAAGAGCAAAGUUGGAAUUAAGAGAAGAAGCCACACACAAUGAUGCCUUGGAAGUCAUUGAGAUAAUACAGUUCAGUAUGGCAGAAGUUGAUGUGGAGCAAAUUGAGCCCGAUUAUUCAUUAUUGCCUGGAUCUGGAAAAUUAACAGCUGCCAAGGUGAAAUCGUUUAUAAAUUUAUUGAGAGACAAGGCAGCUGCUAUGGAAAAAACAGUAUUUUCAAUAAGGGAAAUGAGAGACUUGGCAAAGAGAGAAAAAAUUAUUGUAGAUGAUUUUAAUGCUUUAAUUUCAAAACUGAACGAGAAUGGUUUUAUUCUGAAGAAAGGGCCAAAUCUGUAUUCAGUAACUACAAAUAAUUAACAAAUAACACCAAUGGCGUAUUUGUUAUUGCUUCUUGCUGCGAUUGAAGACAACACUGAGCAGCGACUCGGGAUUCGACAUCCUUUGGCAGAAGCGUAGUACUAGGAGUAGGAUGACUCACCAUUCCUAGACCAGCAUACAAAACUGGAGGGCUCAUCGUCAUAGACUGAACACCUUCGGCGUUUGGCCAAUAUUGUCUGGGGAGCGUGCACACACCGGUGCCAUAGACUUCGCUGACUAUUGGCUGAAACUGGAGACAAAAGAUGGUCGUCUCACUCAAAAUCUUUAGCUAAAUAGUUGAGGUAGAUGAAUUUUAUUAGAUCAUUGCAAAAGUGAAACUCUUUAUUAAGUGUGUUAUGUCACAAUAAAAAAUUUUCAUACUUACAGUUUUGUGCUUUGAUGACAAAUUCGACAGAUCGUGGAGUGGCAUUCCGUUACGUAUCGUACAAUAUCCAACAUAGUUACUUUGUCCGCUAAUUGCUACUACUGCUGGAUGGUCCAUUAAAUUUCGUGACGGGGAAGUUUCUAUCGUUGAUAUAAGUCGUCUCUUCCUCAGAUAAUCCGAUGCUUCAUCACCUUAACAAG